AUGGAGAAGCCAGGAGUCCAACAUGCUGAGCAUUUGGAAAACCAGACAUAUUCAAGACCUGAGAGCAAAGAAGCUGGAGGGAUCGUCUCGGAAGUGCCCACUGCGUCAGGGCUCCGAAUUAGGGAAGAUGGGCAUAUAAUUCUUGUGCCUCAGCCAAGUGAGGAUGAAAUGGGCCCUCUCAAUUGGUCAUGGUCCAAGAAACACCUCAUCCUGCUCACUGUGGCCUGGAGUGCGUUCUGCGCGGACUUCACGUCUGCUGCUGGCAGUGCCCCAAUCAUCUUACAGUCCAUCGAAUUUAAUGAAAGUGUUUCGACGGUGAACGAGACUAACAGCAUCAAUGUGCUGAUGAUGGCUUUGGGCGGCCUGUUUUGGGUGCCCAUGACAAACAUCAUCGGACGAGCGCCGACCUUGUUCUGGACCAAUCUGCUGGGUUUUCUCUUCUGCAUCGGUACAGCUGCGUCACCGAACUUCAAAACCUUUUACACAAUGAGAGCCUUGACUGGAUUCUUCAUAACGUCAGGCCAGACGAUAUCGAUCGCCUUCAUCAGGGACAUAUUCUUCUUCCACGAGCGAGCGCGCAAGAUUGGCCUCUGGGCCCUGCUCUACAUCGCCUCCCCUUUCUGGGGCCCGAUGAUAGGAAAUUUUGUCGUUGGUGGCACACACAGCUGGCAGAAUGUGUUUUGGGUCGCUUCCGGUGUAUGUGCCCUCCAGAUGGUCUUCAUGAUCUCCUUCUUGGACGAGACCUGGUACAACAGAGACAUUCCCAUGGACCAGCAACCGGUCCGAGGAAAAGAUUUUGUGUCUAGGCUAUCCAGAAUUAUCGGCGCCUGGGAAUUUCGCUAUCGCAGCUCCUACUACCAGACCGUCUGGCAUUCGUUCAAGAGAUAUAUUCAGACACUUGUCAAGCCGGAGCUCUUGAUCAUCUGGACUGCAUACCUUCUUUACUUCAUGUGGUCGAUUGGUAUUAACAUUACAACGGGAAUCCUGUUUGGGACGCCGCGCGUGGCUGGUGGUUAUGGCUAUUCUCCAACAAGUGUCGGCUACCUAUACUUCGCGCCCGUGGUUGGUGUCUUCUUCGGGGAAGUUUUUGGCCACUACUUCAACGACUGGCUGGCCCGCCGUUACGUCAGGAAACAUAAUGGCGUCUAUCAGCCCGAGGUCAGGCUUUAUAUGAUCUACAUCGCGGCGGUGUGUAUGGCCGUCGGCCUGAUAGUAUUGGGUCAGGCCCUACAUCGGGGCCUGUCUCCUGCCGCUGUUGUCAUGGGCUGGGGCUUGCACACUUUUGGGACCAUGACCACCUCCGUCGCUGUCUCGGCCUACGCUCUGGACUCACACCCCGAAGCCCCCGCUGAAGUUUCUGGCUGGUCGAAUUUCGCCCGCGCUAUUGGGGGCUUCGGCGUUGGCUACUUCCAGCAGCCAUGGGGAGCCAAAGUUGGCUUUGACGUUAGCUUUGGUACACAAGCCGCUGUCGUGGGUUUCGGAACGGUCCUUGUUGCUCUUGUGCAUCGUUUUGGCCCUUGGCUUCGACUUAAGUCUGGGCCUGUAGAUUAA